AUGAACCCAACCACCGGCCGAGGCUCCGUGUCAACGACAGUUUCUCUCAAUGAUGGCUGGAGCUCACCCAGCGAGAGCAGCGAUAGCAGACACACCUCUCUUCUCCACCCCGAUGGCUCUGGUUCCAUUGACCAAGGCUCCGACACUGAAGAUGCCCAGCGGUCUGUGGCUGCCAGCACCAACUCUUCCACCGUCCAUAUGCCCGGCAUGGGUCCAGGAAGGGGCCGAACACCCACAGUCGCAAUUGCAGACCACACCGUGCGCUGGGACGAACUCGUAGAGAUGGCCGUCCCCAUGGGCAUUGUCAAAGAAACCAAGGGGCUCAUGCCGGCUGAUUUAAAGCUCACAGUCGAACAGGUUCCCCAAUCACCUGAACAUCUCGUUAAACCUAGAGCGGCGCUUGGAGUCGUCCGUAUCAACCUCGCCGAGUAUGCAGGCAAAGGUCCUGUUACCCGUCGCUACCUCUUGCGAGAAAGCAAAACGAACGCUACCCUCAAACUCACCAUCCAAGUCAAGUGGUUGUCCGGAGAACAAGGCUAUGUCGCCCCUCCGCUCCAAAAGGCACAAAUCAUGGAAGGCGUCGCAGGUUUGAUGUCACAUGAUCGUAUUUUGCCCUCGGGAAUGCGCACUCCAACUCGUGCCGCGGCAUCUCCCACCCAGUCCUCCAUCUCGCUCGCACCCCACAACACACCAGACCUCUUGUCCGCUCCAGGUCUCAUCCGCGGCCGAGCACCUUCCCUAAGUCGUACCCCAACCCUCUCCCACUCGCUCUCCCAUUCGCGCUCUACAAGUCCUCUACCGUCUGAACGAACCGAACAAAUCAUCGAAGCACUCUUUAAUCCCGUCCCAACUACAAAUCCCAACCCUUCUCCAUUCGCAUACUAUGCUCCCGCCAGACCACCGGUGCGAAGAGGAACAGCCAACCCUUCACCCGGUACUUCCGAAUUGGGCUCGGGCUGGUCUAUGAUCAAAGCCAGGAAGAGGCUCAGGCGAGGGCCAUAUUGCAGGGCAGCACGGGUUCGAGUGAGGAGGGAGGGUGGUAUGAUGUCCAAUAGCCCAACGGACGAUCGCGAACAUCCCAUUCAUUCCGAUCCCGACUAUCACCCAAAGCAAUCCGAGUCCCAACGCACCCACUACCAAGUCGCACCCAAAUCACACCUGCACAACCGGCGCAAUACCCCUUUUCUGCUUGACCAGCAUCCUCAACCUCAUCCCUUCCUCGCCCAACCUAAAACAGUUGACACCCAAGAGGUACCCGUCCAGUCCUCCGUAUUUAUCAAUCGUCCUCAGCGCUCGGGUCGUCACGCUCAACUUGACAUGGUGCCCAGCGUUUCGGAGAACAGGCGUUUAUCUGAACGUUGGGUGUCCAUGUUCUCCGUGUCUUUUUCAUCGAGUGAGGGACGUUGUUUCCGUACUGCUUCGUGA